AUGCCACCAAAGCCGUCAGCCAAGGGAGCCAAGAAAGCCGCCAAGUCGCAAAAGCCAAGAUCCGAGAAGAAACGUCAACAUAAGAGAAAGGAGUCGUAUUCAACCUACAUUUAUCGCGUUUUGAAACAGGUCCACCCGGAUACCGGAGUUUCUUCAAAAGCCAUGUCGAUUAUGAACUCGUUCGUCAAUGACGUGUUCGAGAGAAUCGCCGCGGAAGCUUCCAGAUUGGCGCAUUACAACAAGCGUUCAACGAUCUCGUCGCGCGAAAUCCAAACCGCCGUUCGGUUGAUCUUGCCUGGAGAAUUGGCGAAGCAUGCUGUUUCGGAAGGCACCAAAGCCGUCACCAAAUAUACUUCAAGCAAGUGA